AUGGAGUUCUUCUUCUUCUUCGAGGUCUUCUACUGUGCAGCGAUCAUCCCUAUCAAGAUGAGCAUCUCGUUCAUGCUCAUUCGCAUCGCAUCCCGGAGAAAAGCCUACAUCUACAGCUUGUACACUGUUUCAGCCAUGUUCAUCGUCAUGAACCUGAUUGCGAUGCUGUACAUCAUUUUCCAGUGCGCGCCGGUGUCGUACGCUUGGGAUACCUCGACCCCUGGUGGAAAGUGCAAUCCAGCGCAGACACUGGCCGACAUAUACUACGCGACGACUGCAGUCAACAUUGCGACGGAUUGGUUUUGCGCACUCCUACCCAUACCGCUGCUCUGGAACGUACAGUUGAACCGUAAUGCUAAGCUUUCGGUCGGCGUGAUUCUCGGUCUCGGUGCAUUAGCAAGUCUUUCAGCAUGCAUUCGUCUUGUCUACACUGUUAAUCUGACCAAUGCGACCGACUACCUUCAUGGUGUAUCUAAGGUGAUCCUCUGGGGUUACGCCGAGAAUGGCGUCGGCAUGAUCGUAGGAUGCGUCGCCACACUUCGUCCCCUCCUCCAGCGCGUACUCAAACUCGGAAGCAGCGGUAGCUCACAUCCCCACACGCCUGCAGCAGGCUAUGCGAAACGACCAGUCAUAAAGAGUCGUCUGAGUGGAAGAGACGAAGAGUGGGUUGCCUUGGAAGAUGGCCAGAUGGUCAACAUGGUCCAUGGGCAAGGCAGUACUGGGAGCGAGGAAUACAUACUGCCUGUGAAAGGCGGAGGCAUACAGGUUACCAGAAGCGUCGAGCAACGAUCAAGCGCCUUGAAAGACUAG